AUGGAUCAAAGCAACCCCUUGGCCAACCUCAUACUUUCGACUUUCGAUGUCGAAAAGAAUUGUACGGCAGCUGGAGCGUUUGCGGCACAUAUUUUACAGUUUUGGGACGAUGAAGACAGCUUUCCGUUGCUCUCUCUUCGAGAGCUCGUUACUUUCUGCAGUAACACCACCAUCGCCAAUAUUACGGAUGGAAACCUCGUCGACUGGUACGGCUUCACCGACGCUACUGCUGCCGACUCUCUCAAGGACUUCGUGGCGGGAAUGAGCAAUGCCUGCCAGCCAGACUUUUGCAGGAACUUGGAGUGGGAGGGAAACCCGGACUUGGCCGGUAUUGGUGUGAGUUUUACUCUUGCGCAAUCAGCACAGAGGUUUUGA